CGCACAUUAUUAGGAGCUGCACUGGCGGCGAGAGAAGCAGCGGCAGAGAAAGAGAGGACAAGCUUUGGCGACAGCAAUUUCAGAGUCGAGAAAAAGAAGAGGAGCUAGGCUAAACAAGGAAGCGGAAGAUAGCGGCGAAGAGUGAGGAAAGUGCAGGAGAUACGAGCUUGAGUUGUCACUGCAGCUUGCAGCAGGCCUGGAGCUAGCUUGGGACGGGGACCUUUACAGGGAAAUGUUAGAUAUCAGCUGUUCAAGGAGCUGCUGUGGCUGUGGUUGCAAACCAGCCGAGUGGAAGUUAUCCAGCUUUUCUUGAGUUGUUUGCUUUGACUCUGACCUGAUGCAGAGUGGCAAAGUGGUCUCUGGAGCACGCUGUACAAAGUGAAAAGGGAAGGAGAGGUCUUAUCGGGCAAUGCUCCUUUUCCAAGGGCAUGAAAAUCAGUCUAGUGCUUUGCAACCUGUGGUAACAGCUACAUUCUGAAGUUGUAGCAUUACACCAACGCUAGAAUGGCUGCCCGCUAUGUUGGGGAUAAAGGAGGCAUCCCUGUGGUGAAUGGCACAGGAAAGAACAGCGCAGAGUUCAGCGAUGACGGGGGAAGCAAGCGAAGCUCGGGGUCAACGAAUCUUCCUCGAAUCUCUCAUGACUUGAAGGAUGCUCUCUCCACGUUCAAGCAUACUUUUGUGGUUGCUGAUGCGACCAAGGAUAUGGCCAUAAUGUACGCAAGUGCGGGCUUCUAUGAGAUGACGCAAUAUGGACCAGAGGAUGUCAUUGGCAAAAAUUGCCGCUUUCUCCAAGGUCCAGGCACAGACACGGAGGAGGUCGCCAGAAUUCGGAGGGCCAUCAAAAACGGGGAGAGCCAUUGCGGACGGCUGCUCAAUUACAAGAAGGACGGCACCCCCUUCUGGAACCUGCUAACCCUAGCUCCAAUCAAGAAUGAGCAGGGAGCUGUUGUGAAAUUCAUUGGGAUGCAAGUGGAGGUAACUCAGUUCACUGAGGGCGAGCUGGAGAAGGCAAUGCGGCCAAACGGGCUGUCAACGUCCCUCAUCAAGUACGACUCCCGCCAAAAGCAGGGCGCCACGGAGUCGGUCCUCGACAUUGUGGACGCUGUGAAGAAUCCCAAGAAGUUGCCCGCGGAGGGGGCACCUAAGCCGUUCCAGCCAGGGGCGGGCCUGGCCAGCCUCCUGGCAGCACUGCCCCAGGGAGCAGCGCCGCCGACGGCAGCAGGGAAUGAUGACCUCUCCACUCUAUACGAGGAUGGAGGCGGUCUUGCUGACAGGAGGGAGGGCGCCGGGAAACGGCGGACGUCGGGCUUUCUCAACUUGCUCAAGGCGGGGGGAAAGCCGCAGCAGGAGCAGUCCUCGAUUGCGGCGCUCACUCAGCCGCAGUCUCUGUCACUCAAUGCUGGACUGCAGCCCACUCAGGGCAUCACUCCUGACGGACAGGGCCCGCUCACAUUUGACGAGGACCGGGCCGCGGAGGAAAGGAAGGGGCUCGACCUGGCCACUACACUCGAGCGUAUCCAGAAAAACUUCGUCAUCACUGACCCGCGCCUGCCGGAUAACCCCAUUAUCUUCGCCUCUGACGACUUCCUGACGCUGACAGAGUACUCAAGAGAAGAGAUCCUGGGGCGCAAUUGCCGGUUUCUUCAGGGGGCGGAGACUGAUCAAAAGACGGUAGAUGAAAUUCGGGCGGCUAUCAAGGAGGAGCGCGAUGUCACGGUACAGCUGCUCAACUACAAGAAGAGCGGGGUGCCCUUCUGGAACAUGUUCCACCUGCAGCCAGUCCGUGACAAGAGGGGCGAGCUGCAGUACUUCAUUGGAGUGCAGCUUGACGCCAGUGCGUGGGACUCCAUGGGCGACCAGGCGCCCCAAGCGCCCCCCCAGACCAAGGAAACACAGAAGAGCAUUGUGAAGGACUCUGCUCUGGAGGCUGCCGCGGCUGUCCAGGAGCUCCCAGAUCCAGGCCAGAGACCCGAGGAUGUCUGGGCUGGCCACAGCAAACCCGUGCUGACCAAGCCCCACAAGAGGGACGCCGAGGCCUGGAAGGUCAUCAAGCAGAUCAAGCAGAAGGAUGGUCGGUUGGGGCUGCGGCACUUCCGGCCCAUCCGGCCGCUCGGUUCGGGGGACACGGGCAGCGUGCACCUGGUGGAGCUCAAGGGGACCAAGCACCUCUUCGCCAUGAAGGCCAUGGACAAGCAGGUCAUGGUCAACAGGAACAAGGUCCACCGUGCCAUCACGGAGAGGGACAUCCUGUCAGCACUGGACCAUCCCUUCCUGCCGACCCUCUAUGCGUCCUUCCAGACUGCGACCCACGUGUGCCUGGUGACGGACUACUGCCCAGGCGGGGAGCUGUACUACCUCUUGGAGCAGCAGCCGCAGAAACGGUUCUCGGAAGAAGUCGUCAGAUUCUUCGCUGCUGAGGUGCUCCUAGCGCUGGAGUAUCUCCAUCUCCAAGGCGUGGUGUACCGUGAUCUGAAGCCUGAGAACGUGUUGUUGCAAGAGAACGGCCACAUACUGCUCACGGACUUCGACCUGUCCUUCCUCACCUUCUCCAGCCCCAUGUUGGUGAGGCCCGCGGUUGUGGGCGGCAAGAAGAAGCGCAAGCAGGCCGCCCAGAGCAUCCGGCCCGAGCUCGUGGCGGAGCCCACCACCAACUCGAACUCCUUCGUGGGGACGGAAGAGUACAUCGCGCCGGAGAUCAUCAGCGGGUCCGGCCAUACGGGCUCGGUCGACUGGUGGGCGUUUGGCAUCUUCAUCUACGAAAUGCUGUACGGGAAGACGCCCUUCCGGGGGCGCAACCGGCAGCGCACCUUCACCAACAUCCUCCUCAAGGACCUCACCUUCCCCCCCCAGCCCCAGGUCAGCCUUGCUGCGCGGCGCCUGAUCCGUGGGCUACUGGAGAGGGACCCCAAUAAGCGACUGGGGGCGACCAAGGGAGCGACCGAGUUGAAAGCCCACCCCUUCUUUGAGGGCCUCAACUGGCCCCUCAUCCGCUUCGGGUCCCCACCCGACCCCGAGAAGCCCGUCCAAAUUGCGAAGAUGGAGAUCCGGACGUCCAUCGACGAUGAGAAGGAGGAGCUGGACUGGGAGGAGGUCGAUGAGCAAGGCCACCUUGUGCAGUGAGCGCGAGCAACAGGAGCUGCUAAUCGCAAGUACGAAGGGUCUACCGGAGGUGUAUGUACAUGGGAGGGGGUCAAGUCGAAUAGCCACGUGUAAAACUACGGCUGGGAGGCGCCGUAACGGGUUCGCUGCAGAGCGGUCACUAUGGUGGCGGUUGCUUUGGCGGCAAAACACAGCGCCCCUAGGGAGUUGUGUCAAUAGCUCCCGCAGUUUUGUGGAGUCAGAACAGUGCUUGGCAAAGACAGCGUUCACUCUUAGAAUAAGAAGUUGGAACGAUCUAACACGGCUGAGGUUCGGCGUCAUGAGGUUGACAGGAAUAGAGUGUGGGCCUGUACAGUGGCACUCAACAAACCUUUUCUUUAGAAGACCACGUCAUCGCACGCGAUGCGAUGGAGGCUUUGUGUUGAAUUGCAUCUCUGAGACUUUGCAGUUAUAGAAAGGAGAGUGGCAAGUUCCUUUGAUAUGUAAGAGCAAUGCGGCACACUAAAAGAUGCACAGAAACUCACAAGACUGUUCACUACACAAGACUGUCUUGACAGAUUUGCUUUCACGAUCUUGCAUGGUGUUUUCUCCGGCGCCUGGUCAAUUGUGUCCAUUUGGAAACGGUUCAGAAUAAGGGCUUGGAUGCAAUUACAGUAGAUUGCUCUAGCUGGACCUAAGUGCACCAUGUAGGUUCAGUAUCUCGAGCCUGCCGCUGGACGUCACAGGAAGCAAUAAUGGCCCGGUAAGAUUGUCUGUCACCAAGCCGGCUUCAACUUGAAGGGUGACAACUGUGUGGAAUAGCUUAAAGCUGCAGUACAUUCAAAGAGAAAGUACUCCUACGUUCAUCAGACGUGCGCUAUAUGAAUGAACAGCAGUUGAACUACAGUAGAUUGCAGGCAAUGAUGCAGAGCUGUACUCAGUGGUUCGAAAUAUGAGACGUC